UUUGAUUAUUUUUGUGAUAUAAAAUACAAUUACUUGUGUUGCUAAGGCGUAGCACUAGCAAAAAAUAUAGUUAUUGAAUCAUAUGUAGGUUCAGAUUGGAAGAAAAUGUUUCGGUACAAGAUAUCAUUGUUUUUAUUUGUAUUCGCUGGAGUAAAUUUAUUCCAAUCUGUAUUGAGCGAUGGUUUACCUAAAUAUGAUGAAUCUAUGAUACCUCAAUGGGCAGUAGAGGAUGAAUCAGAGAGAAAAUUCGGAUUUGGUGCACAAUUUGAUUUUUUUGAUUUAUUGAAGAGAGAAAUAGCAACAUUCAAAGAAACUAACAAUCUUCCAGAACCUUUUCACAUAGAUAAGAAAGUAGAGACAUUAAGAAGUGCCCAUUUAGCAGUUGACAAAUUGCUACAAAAUCAGUUCCAUUUUAAGUUAGACGAUGUAAUAGAUGAAGCUAUCGAUAUUUCAAUGAAAAUCGGAAAAUCUUUGAUAAACAAUAGUGGCGUUGACGUUACAAAUCUCGAGAAAGAUUUUAAGAAAUUGAUAGAAUGGUUCCUCAGAGUACGUGAUUUUUUAAUGAAGAAUAAAAAAUUUGGAAACCUCGGUGUUUUCAAAGGUUUAGAUUCGGUCGCUAGGAUUCUAUUUGAUGUAUCAAAAUGGAUUAAGAAUAAUAUUGAACAACGUGAGAGGAGACUUCCACAUUCCAGAAACCACUAAGUGUAGUUUUGUACCGAAAUUGUAAUAGUUGAUAAUUUAUUUUAAUAUUUGAUAAUAGUGUUCUCACUCAUAUUCAUACUCUUCUAUGGAUUUUAACUACAACCUCCUACAAUUUUUGAAUUUAUCACGAUAAUAUAUUUAAAAAAAUUGAAUUUCUUCCCAAAUUUGUCGCUUCUCCCCCAGGACCCUAGUAUAUAAGCACUGCAGGGUAUCAAUUGAAUUAAGGAGUCUUGAGUACAUAAUUUUGAUAAUAAUAAGUUUUUAUUACAUUACAAACAAAAAAAUUUCGGUCAAUUUGUGAUACCUUUUUGAAAAUAAUUGGAGAGUCGUUAAGUUGAAUAAUUAACCUACUAACCGGUUCAAAAUUUUUCAAUAUUGGUAUAAAUUCAUGAUGCACAAAUAUGCUCUGCGCACUCUUUCAACGAUACACGUUAAAUUUAAACGCAGUAGAAUCGAUGGAGGUCUUCUGUCCUGAGACUCAAACUACGAUUUAUCAAACACAUAUUUUCUACAUACUAUCUUCUUCUAUCAAAAUAAUAACAUAGAUACAUUGUAUUCUUUACAAGAUCAAAUACAAGACAAGUUCCUUCAAAUUAAUAGUAGUGAUAAUGAAAAGAGAUAAUGAUAUAAUUGAAUACGUAACGUGAAUAAUUGACCCCACUCAAAAUUGAAUUUGGUGUGAGCUUUGUUUACUAUGUGAUUUUUAACGAAUUUGUAAGUUUAGUUUAAGUUAUUUGGCUUUUUGGUGUUAAAGGAAAGCUACAAAUUUUUGUGAAGCUACCUUAGUUAAUUCGACCACGUGAUCAUGCCAAGACAUAUUGCUACAUACCCUCAACACCAAGCGAAUUUACGAUGAUGGUGAUAUUUCAUGUCUACAGAGGACCAAACCCUACAACCUACACCCUAGGAUUUUGCUACAUUGAACUAAAUCAGAUUGUUUCCACUACAGUUCAGGUAGUUUAUUGGUAAUCCUGAUUUAAACGACGACACUAGUAUUCUAUUAUCAACGAAGCAAAAUAUCGGGUUUUCAAUUUGGUCAAGUAGAUCGUUGAUGUACAGAAGAAAGAGAGUAGGUGAUAUGAUACAUCUCUGAGGAGCACCAGCGUUAAGAUCAAAUCUGAGGUAUGUCCAUCGAUAGCGACCUGUAUUGAUCGGUCUUUUAGACAUCUACUAAGCCAGUCGAUAAAUGACUACGGCAAAUCAUACGAUCUUAAUUUAUUUAGAAGAGUGUGCAGUGAAAUUGCUCGAGACUGUUUAGCCUCAGUCCAUACGUUGAUGGAAUAGACCAAGAGAUCCCCAGUUGAUCUAAUAAUAGACAAUAUUUACAAAGUUCAUAAGUUUCUAAGAUAUUCAUUGUGAAAAGAUUAUUAGUACUUGGUGAUUUAUAUUUUUUCAUGUGGUAACUAUUCCAACAAUCAAUUAUUUUAGCUCAAAAGGGAAUAGAAUCAAUAAAAGUUGAGUGUAAGGAAAAGUUCUUUUGGAAA